AUGCCAAAGCCAUGGGGUUUUGAAGUCAUUGCUCUCGAUGUUUUUGACGAAGCUAAAGAAGUCAUGACCAAAGAGCUUGGUGCCGAUUUUAUCAUCAAUCUUGGAGGCGAGAAAAAGCCAGUUGUCGAAAAGUUCAAUUCCGUUCAACCGAAAAAGCCAAUUGCGGCUUCGGUUAUUUUUGCUCCGGCGCUCCAAGCAGUCUCGGAUGCCAUUGAAUAUGUCUCUCCUGGAGCAACCAUCGUUACCGUAGCACUUCCAUCUGGUCACUUCAAAAUCGAUGUCGUCCAGUUCAUUCUGAAGGAACUUCGCCUCCAGGGUUCAAUUGUGGGUACGCCACGAGACCUUGAAGAAGCGUUCCGCUAUGUUGCUGAAGGAAAGGUCAAAGCUCAUGUAGCUGAGAAACCGUUCAGCUGUGUAAACGACAUAUUGAAAGAUUUGGAGGAAGGGAAAAUUAGAGGCCGUGUUGUGCUUCGAGUAUCAUGUUGUAGUGGAGAAGCUGGGCGACGGCAUAAGCGACAAUGUAAUAACGGAAAACCUUCUUCUGAUUGGAAUUUGGUGUUCGUAGUGAUGAUUGAUG